CCUGGAGCCAUCGUGCUGCUGUUCUUGCGCUUUUCUUUGCUGGACAUAAACUUAAAACAGAUGGAUUAAUAUUUGUCUAAAAUAACAUAGAGCAUUUUCUACACCGCUUCGAGGAAAGCGCAUAGAUUUUUUUUUUUUCAAUUUCUGGCUGCAGUUAGGUUCUGAUAUAUUAACCUGAAGACUAAUCAAGCCACUCUGCGCACGUCUUACCUGGGCAUUAUGAAGAUCUAUCCAGGCUUUCUGCAUUCUUGGGAGAGGAUGCCGUCUUGCUGAACUCAUUCAAGUCGCGUGUUUUGAUUUCAUAUUUUAGUUGCUCUCGGUAAAGCUGUAACGCCAGCGGACCUUUUACGCGGUAGUUUCAAAACUUUUGCGAGUCCACAAUGGACCGUGCUGGCUUUGCUGUUUUAAUGGUUUUGAUAACUGCACUGGCGCGAAUCGGUGGCAGUGACAAGGGCAUGACAGGUGUGGAGAAUGAGCAUGCAGGGGCAGGCCGGCCGGUGUGGGACCAGCAGCCGUCCCGAGAGAGGAGUCAAGGUCAUUCGCCAAGGGGACCGGAGGACGGGGCAUCCUCCAGAGCAGACCAAAGUUUGCCCGGGACUUUUCUCAACCACUCUGGCGCUCCGGUGAGACUUCCCAGGGACUCGUCAUCCCACCCAGAUAGAGGACAAAUAACCAAAGCGGCACCGUCUCCCGCUGCAGGCGCCUCCCGGGAGCAGCUCGCCACCGCGCCGCGGGAUCGUGCGCAGCGCACUGCCAGGCACCCGGUCAGCCAGCAGCAGCACUCCCCACAGCACAGAACCAGAGUCAGCCGCAGGCAGAGCAAACCCAGCUCUGCCAGCUCAAAGAGAUUUGUUGGGCCUAACGUCUGUGGAGGUCAGCAGUGCUGCUCUGGCUGGGCUGUGGCACCAGGAACCAACCGCUGUAUAAAACCUGACUGCCAGCCCCCCUGCCAGAACCGCGGCUCCUGCAGCCGCCCACAUACCUGCGUGUGUCGCUCAGGCUUCCAGGGGCCUCGCUGUGAGGAAGUGGCUCCGGAGCAGGUGUACAUCCGUGAUCGAGGCGCCCUGAGGCGCGUUGAGCCUGGCAACAACCCUUUCCAGAAGGACCAGCAGCGGAGGAGACCAUCAGAAAGGCAGGCCGUCAACACCGUCCGGGCCCAGACUCCACGCCCUGGCACCACAAGACAACCUCUCCAAACUGUGACCCAAGUGAGACGGGGACCCCCAGACUCCUCCCCUCAGCAGACUGGGACCUCCCGCACUGUGAAACGUUACCCAUCAUCCGCCGGGCCUAUCACCUCCAACGCUCUGCCCAGCUCCAACGGGUACAGCAAUGGGCAUGGCAGCGAGUACCGAAACUGGCACGGACAGAGAAACGGGCAGUCCCCUAACACUCACAGACCCACCGGCAAUGGUCAGCUGCAUGGACAGCAGUACAACAACGUGGUAUUACCAGCAGGGGCCAACCUCACCUCCAACCUGGACCGCAUUAAGAUCGUCUUUACGCCCAUGCUGUGUCGCAGGGUGUGCAGUGGCGGGCGCUGCCACAACAGCUGUGAGAAGGGAGACACCACUACGGUCUACAGCGAGAGCCAGCAGCAGCAGCAGCAGCCCAAGAACCAGGGCUUCCGACUCUUCUUCUGUCAGAUUCCCUGUCUCAAUGGAGGCCGCUGCAUUGGCAGGGACCUGUGCUGGUGUCCGUCAAACUCAACAGGGAAGUUUUGCCACCUGCCAGUUCCAACUCCCGCCAGACCAGCCACGCAUAGCCGCAAGGACAGCAGCCAACCUGGACCAAACUCUCACUCCAUGUACACCCUACCACUGUCCAAUCAGCAAGUUUCUCUCCACCCUUCCUUGGUGAAUGUCCAUAUCCAGCACCCUCCAGAGGCUGAGGUUCAGGUCCACCAGGUAGCUCGGGUGCGACCUGGUCAGAGACCCACCACCACUGAGGGGGCUCACUCCGUCCAGCAGCGCUCCCAGCCCGGGAAUGGAAAUGGACAUGGGAAUGGCAAUGGGAAUGGACACCAUAAUGAACCCACUUAUGAGAGUAGCAAUGGACACCCAUACACCAAUGGGAACGGCAAUGGCCACGCACGUCCGCAAAACCGACAGAAUGGAUAUGUGGGAAGGUGCUUCCAGGAGACAGUUGAUGGACAGUGUGGAAAACCUCUGCCAGGCCUUACCAAACAGGAUGAUUGCUGUGGAAGUGUGGGUGCCUCCUGGGGUCUAAACAAGUGCCAAAAGUGUCCAACCAAACCAGCAUAUGCAGUGAUUGCAAAUGGGCAGGUCGAAUGUCCCAAAGGUUACAAACGGAUGAACCUCACGCACUGUCAAGACAUCAACGAGUGCCUGAUGCCUGGGCUCUGUAAGAACGCCGAAUGUCUCAACACCAAAGGGAGCUACAGGUGCACCUGCAAACCGGGCUACAUGUUGGACGCUGCAAGAAGCCACUGCGUCUCGGACAAAGCGGUAUCAGACCAGAGAGAGAUGUGCUACCGCUCGGUGUCAGCAGGCACAUGCUCCCUGCCCCUGUCCCAGCACAUCACCAAGCAGAUCUGCUGCUGCAGCCGCGUGGGCAAGGCCUGGGGCACCGGCUGUGAGCGCUGCCCCCUGCCAGAAUCAGACCACUUCAAGGAGAUCUGCCCAGCCGGUCAUGGAUAUACCUACUCGCGCUCUGAUGUGCAGAUAUCUCUGAGACAGCUGGAGGAAGACGAUCUGAGGGGCGCAGGAGGAUCUUGGGAAGAGCAGAGCCCCGUUUACCCCCAGCCCCCGUCCUCCCUGCCGCUGCACCCCUCACAGCAGCUGCCCACUGGGCCACAAUAUCCCAGUUACCCACAGGCCCCGCAGGUACCCCAGUACCCCCUGUACCCCGAGACGCCACAAGCACCCCAGUACCCCCUGUACCCCGAGACGCCACAAGCACCCCAGUACCCCCUGUACCCCGAGACGCCACAAGGACCCCGGUACCCCCAUACCCCACAGCAGCCGCUCUAUCCCUUCCCCAACUCCAUACACCCAGCCAGCGAAACACCUAGCCAGCCAGAAGAUGUGGAAAUACUGAGCGUGCCGACUGUUGUGACUGACUCACCGUUGAUCUAUCCAGCAGAGACCUCAGACUCCACUAUUGUCAACCUGAGGCCAGAGACUGAGGAUACAGCCCCCAUAGACUCAGCCACAAAGGCCACAGAUAUUGACAAGUGUGCCAUCACCCCCACCAUAUGUGGCCAUGGGAAAUGCAUCCCUGUGCAGACUGGCUACACCUGCUACUGUGAGCCUGGAUACAAGCUCAGUGCUCUGCAGACCAACUGCAUCGAUGUGAAUGAGUGCGAAGAGGACCCUUGCGAAGGGAAGGGCCAAUGUGUGAACACCUUCGGGUCCUACACCUGUCAGUGCUACAGCGGCUACAGCCAGGUCAUCACCCAGAAAAGGAAGUUCUGCCAAGACAUUAAUGAGUGCAGCAUGCCCAAUAAGUGCCAGGAUGGUGAAUGUGUCAACACGGAAGGAUCUUACACCUGUGAAUGCAAGAGUGGCUACGCCAAGUCCUGGAGGGGCCUAUGUGAAGAUGUAGAUGAGUGCAGAGAUCCCAGCUCCUGCCAUGGUGUCUGUGUCAACACGCCGGGGUCCUUCCACUGCCAGGCCUGUGGACUCGGCUUCAGGUCUGCCAACGGAAGAUGUGUGGAUGUGAACGAGUGUUUGAACCAAACAGUGUGUGGUCUCGGUAGAUGUGUCAACACUGAGGGAUCCUACAGGUGCAACUGCUUCCAAGGAUACGAACUCUCAUUGGACAACAUUUGCCAAGAUGUGGAUGAAUGCGUGCUCCCGGGAGCCUGUCUCCACGGCCGGUGUGUCAAUCUGGACGGCACCCACAAGUGCACCUGUAACCAUGGUUACCAAGCCACCUCAGACAGCAAAGCCUGUGAAGAUGUCAACGAGUGCGCAGCCGGUAAUAUGUGCCCUGCGGGAAUUUGCAUCAACACUGAAGGUUCCUACACUUGCCAAAACUGCAGGCCCGGAUUUGGACCAUCUGCUGAUGGACUGAGAUGCGAUGAUUUAGAUGAGUGUGCUCAGGGAGAUUUGUGUUUGGGUGGAGUGUGUACCAACACUGAGGGAUCCUACAUGUGUACCAGCUGUCAACCUGGCUAUACAGUGUCCCAAGACCAGCAGAGCUGUGAGGAUAUUGACGAGUGCCAGUCUCUGUCUACCUGCGUCAACGGGAUCUGCCUGAACUCAGAGGGCUCUUACACCUGCAACACCUGCCCUACAGGAUACAAAGUAUCAUAUAAUGGAGAGAUAUGUCAAGAUAUUGAUGAGUGUGCGCUGCCCACUACGUGCCCUGAAGGAACAUGUACGAACACAGAUGGUUCCUUCACAUGUGUUACCUGUAAGCCUGGAUUCAGAGUCUCUGAGGAUGGACAGCAGUGUGAUGAUGUGGAUGAGUGCUUGGUGGCUAACAUGUGCCCGGGCCAGCUAUGCGAGAACACCCUAGGAUCCUACACCUGCAGGAGCUGUGGAGCCGGCCGGCAACUGUCUGAGGACGGUUACAUCUGUGAAGACAUUGAUGAGUGCCAGAAUCCAGGUGUGUGUCCCAUGGGUGUUUGCACCAACACAGAAGGCUCCUUCUCCUGCAUGACAUGUGACCCGGGCUUCACAGUGGCACCCAAUGGCCUCUCCUGUGAAGAUGUCAAUGAGUGUGAGGACACCAGUUUAUGUCUGGGAGGUCAGUGCACCAACACCCGUGGUUCCUACAGUUGCUCUUGUCCCACUGGGCUGGAACUGGUUGAUGGGACAUCUUGCAGAGAUGUUGAUGAGUGUUUAACCAUCGUGGGAAUCUGUGGAGAGGGAGACUGCUUGAACACUGAGGGCUCCUACAUCUGUAUCUGUCCUGAUGGAUACACCACCAUCAGUGGAGGGAUUGGUUGCCAAGAUGUGGAUGAAUGCAGCAGAGACAGCGUGUGCAUCCGAGGCCAUUGCCGCAACACUGAGGGCUCCUACAUGUGCUCGUGUGAGACUGGCUUCAAGUUCAACCCGGAGACAGCUGACUGUGAAGACCAGAAUGAGUGCAAGGAGUUUGGAAGCUCAGUGUGUGGUACCUGGCGCUGUGAGAACACCAUCGGCUCCUACCGCUGUUUCAUGGGCUGCCAGCCUGGCGUGGAUGGAGAGGAGAAUGUCGACUGUGAUAUUGAUGAGUGUGUCAACGAGACCAUCUGCGGCAACCACGGCUUCUGUGAGAACACGGACGGCUCCUUCCGCUGCCAGUGUGACCAGGGCUACACCAACCCGCCAGGAGACCUGAGCAGAUGUGUCGACAUCAACGAGUGCGAGAUGAGCUUGGCGUUGUGCGGGGAGGCCCUGUGUGAGAACUUUGACGGCAGCUUCCUGUGCAUCUGCACCAGCGACAAUGAGGAAUUUGAUCCUCUCACCAGCCAGUGCCGCUCCCUGGUUGAUAUGAGCUCUAAGCCCGCUGCUCCAGUCCCCCCUUCUGCUGCCUCAACAGAGGAGAGGAAGGAGUGUUACUACAACCUGAACGACGCCAACUUCUGCGACAACGUCUUGUCUCGCAACACCACCAAGCAGGAGUGCUGCUGCACGGUGGGGACGGGCUGGGGCGACAACUGCGAGAUCCAUGUCUGUCCCGUUGUAGGCCAAGAGGAUUACAACCAGUUGUGCCCUCAUGGCGGUGGACUUCUUCCCCAGAUUGUGUCCUCCUCCGCACAAAGCUUCGAAGAGCAUCGCCCUUCCAUAGAUGUGAACGAGUGUGAGAUGUUUGGACCGGACAUUUGUAAGAAUGGACAGUGUUUCAAUCUCUUUUCCACUUACACCUGCUACUGUCGGUCCGGCUUCUACUAUGACAACAUCCGGCUGGAGUGUGUGGAUUAUGACGAGUGUGAGAUGGAAAACGUCUGCUUGGAUGGAGUGUGUGUGAACACCGCCGGGUCUUUUAACUGUUUCUGCAGUCCUCCACUGGUCCUGGACGGCUCUCGGCGACGCUGCAUCAACACCACAGAGGAAACUCUAGAGCCUGAUCAGUACUUCCACAUGGAAAUCUGCUGGCAGGAGCUGGUGGAGAACAACAUGUGUGCUGAUCCGCUCCCAGGGCGCAGGACCACGUACACGGAGUGCUGCUGUCUGUAUGGCUUGGCGUGGGGGGAACAGUGCGCCUUAUGUCCCAGGAGAGAGUCUGAGGACUACGCGGUAAUGUGCAACCUGCCCAGGAGGGGAGGUUCUGACAGUUUGCGAGAGCGGCCGGGCUACGAGUACAGUCCUGAGGAGCCAGAGGUUCCCUUGGAGCCGUACUCUCCUCCAUACUGGGACGGGUAUGACGCCCCCGAGAGCGUUCCUCUCUUCACGGACAACGACUACAACGUACGAGAGCCACCCGUCCGUGUCCCCGUCCAUCGGCCGCGCGAGUUCCCGCCGCGACCAGUGGACUCCUAUGCUGAUCGCUAUGAUAGCUUUGAGGGCCUCAGAGCAGAGGAAUGUGGAAUCCUGAACGGCUGCGAAAACGGCCGCUGCGUCCGAGUGCGGGAGGGCUACACCUGCGACUGCUUUGACGGUUUCGAACUUGACCUCAACAAGAUGGCCUGUAUAGACAUAAACGAGUGUGAGGACAUCAGUGACAAGGUGGCCUUGUGUCAAAACGGGCAGUGCACCAACACCGAGGGAUCGUACAAGUGCACCUGUUUGCCCGGCUUCGUGGCCUCGGCCAAGCCGCACGAAUGCAUCCCAGCAAUCCCACCGUCUGGGCUCAGGGAGGCAGGAAACUGAGACAGUGACUGUUGGAGCGCUGGCUUCUCCUGCUCCCCUCAAGAUCCCCCCCUUACUCCCCUUCGCCCUCCUCCAGAGGGCCUGGCACUAAACCUCCAACAGUAACGCUGAAACGUCCAAACUCGUUUCCUCCAUUAGCACGCACACACAUACUCAUACAGUACACUAACGCACAGACCUACAAGAAGCACACACACACUCGCUUCCAGCACACGACAUAUUCAUUUCCCCCUGACACACCCACAUACACACACACACACACACACACACACACACACACACACUAACAAGAGGACCAGGAACUGUGCAGUGAAUGUAUUACAUUGGAUUUAGUACUCCACCAGAUUUCCAUUUGCCUUAAAGGGAUUUUGUGGACUGAUCUUUUUUUAUUCAGUAACCCCAGGCAAUUUGAUAUACAGAUAUAUUUUCCACAUUAUUUUCUCUGUCACUUUUUUUUUGUUGUAUUAUUUAUUUCAUUUACCUGACGGGCCUCUGCAAACUAAGAAAAGCAACCUAUUUCAGAGGGCAUACUUGAUUCCACUUGUUCUAUUUGUCUGAUCAGUUGACUUAAGUAACUGUGGGACGAUUACGAAUGUCUUCUGUAAAAGGUUAAUGGAAGGAAUUGCAUAAGAAUACAGCCACCAUAGCGCCAUAAAACCGGUUGAACAUGCAUCUUACAAAUAAUUUUGCGACAGCAGACAUCCUUGUCAAACUUCUCACCACCAUUCUCUCACCCAGCCAUUGAAAUCGCCAUUGACCUUGGACUUAAACGCACCCCGGGAUUGAGAAUCCUCACCAAAUGCAAAACUACUGUGACCACUUUCCACUCUUCCCCACAAGUGCCGUUUUGUUCUUCAAGACUAACCACAAGCCACCAGGCUGAAGCAUCUUCUGGACCAAGAACUGGGAACUCAGCCAAGCCUUCACAUUACAAGCACGAGGACAUGGAAAGACUGUAGAUGUAUAUGAUGAUCUAUGUAAUAUUUUGUAAAAGGUGCAAUGGGUGUAGCCAACCUUCCUCUUCGUGACCCCAGUCAUUGCAGAUUUGUUUGAUUUCGCCAUCUUAGAAUCAGUGAUGUAGAAGUAAAACAUGUUCUCAUGUUGCUGACUGAAGACUAGGUGAAUUACCAUCGAUACAACAGAUAUUUUAACAGUAUCCAUUUGUUUUAUAUCCCUGUAAAGACCAGAUUGAUGUACCCAAACUUACCAGAGGUUGAUUCUAGACUACUUAUUGUAUGGUAUAAAUUUAUUUCAAUGUUACAUAGAAGCUCAUCCAAGGUAGUUAGAAAGGUGGGUAAACUAAAUAAAGUUUGGUAAGGUGUAGGCAUAACUACCCUACGAGCAUCACUGCGUAAAAGUAGCAGAGUGGUCCCACAUCAGACCAUCAUUCCCAUGUGUGCAUCUCUUAAUGUGUGUAAAAGACUUCAUUGGAGAGGUUUGGGAUAUUUUGUACAGAUCUAGUACUAUGUUUUAUUUUUGUUACAUAUUCUACUAAUGCAUAUAGCACAACCAAUAUUUUGUUUGACAUAAAACAGAGAAAAAAAAAACAAAAACAAAAACAAGAAACAAUUCUGGCAUUAUAGCUUUUGUAGAUUUAUAUAUAUUUCUGUAAAAAAAAAAAUGUUUCUAAGCAUAUCUUUGUAUGUAUGAGGAAAGUGGCUGACACUGUACCAGAGGAAGUGUAUGUAUCCUGCCCUGUGGAGCAGACAAUGAAAUAUAAUUUUUUGGAAGUGGCAGCACUGUUCUAAUCACAGAUAUUUGUCCUGCAAGUUCGCUACGACGACAAACUGCUUUUGACAUACAUUGCGUCAACUCCCGUGCCUUGCAACUCUGCGCCUACAAUAUUAGGUUGUGAUUGUGAAAUGAACACUUUUUCCUUUCAAAUAGUCUCUCUAGGGUCCUUAGUCAUGAAUGUAUCACUGUCAGUAUGCUCAAUUGGUAUAUACAUGUAUUUUUUUAAAUUCCCUGUGACACAGUUAUUCGUCUUCCACAUUCAGGUUUAAGAAACGACUGGCCUUAUCUGUGUAAUGGACUGGACUUCUCUUGAGAGAGCUCACCAGCACACAAACAUAAAACCUUCGUCCUCAUGUUGGAGGACAACUUAUUUUAACGAUUUAUGCCCUUAAUCUGCAUUCCUAGACUAUAAACCUACAGUUGUGCAAAUGUUUCCACAGUAUGUUCGCCUUGCUGUUCAGAUCAUUGCCUCUCGGACCAGCAGUCUUUUGUCGAGGUCAAAAAAAAAAAAAGGUGGAAACAAGUUACUUAAAACCUUGUAAACCACGAAUAAGUUGAGGUAAAUGGAAUUGCAAUGCUGUGGUCAAUGACAAUAUCAUGCUCAUUCAUUUUGUUUACCUCUUGGCUGUAAUCACUACCAGUCAUCAAAAUAAAAAUAUAACAAUAUCA